AUCCUCAUUCUCAUUCUCAAAACACAAACACACUUCUUGUUUCCUUAAAAACACAAUCCCCUCUCUCUUUCUCUCUGUCACCUUUCACUUUCUCUCUCUAAAAAAAUUUAGAGAGAGAAAGCUUCAUCAUAAUCAUCUUCAUCAUCACCAUCUGCAAAAAAAAAAAAUGGAGAAAAUGGGUGGGAACAGUGGGAAGAGAUUUGGGGUGUUGUUAUGUGCAGAUGAUUCAGAAUAUGUGAAGAAAAUGUACGGAGGGUAUUUUGGGGUUUUUGUGAAAAUGUUGGAAGAAGAAGGUGAAAGAUGGGACGUGUAUAAAGUGGCGCGUGGUGAAUUUCCUAAAGAUGAUGAAUUAAUUCAUUAUGAUGGUUUUGUUAUCACUGGUAGUUGUAGUGAUGCACAUGGUAAUGACACUUGGGUUUCUCAACUUCUCAUUUUGCUUAAGAAAUUGAACAUCAUGAACAAAAAAAUUCUAGGCAUUUGCUUCGGUCACCAGAUACUUGGUCGUGCAAUCGGAGGGAAGGUGACUAGAUCUCCAACUGGUUGGGACCUUGGUGUUAGAAACAUAACAUUGUCACCAUCUUUGCCAUAUCCUCUAUCUUCUCUCAAAAUUCCAUCAAAGCUUUCCAUUAUUGAAUGCCAUAGGGAUGAGAUAAGAGAGCUACCUGCCAAAGCUGAAGUGAUUGCUAGAUCUGAUAAGACUGGAAUUGAGAUGUUUAGAUAUGGAGAUCACAUUAUGGGAAUCCAAGGUCAUCCUGAAUAUUCCAAAGACAUUCUUUUCAACAUUAUUGACCGUCUUAUUCAUCAAAAAUUCAUCACGGAAAAUUUGGCUAUGAAAGCAAAGGAGAAGGCUGGUAUGAAGGAGCCAGAUAAGGAGGCAUGGAAGAGAGUAUGCAUCACAUUUCUAAAGGGUAGGUAUAGUGAGAGAAAUGGAAUUGAGAAAAUGAAUAUUGGUGGUAUAUUCUGAAUUCUGAAUGCAUAUGGAAGAAGAAGAAGAAGAAGAAGAAGAAGAAGUUAAUAGGGAAAGAUUAAUGAAGUGUGUAUCAACACUAUGCACCUGCUAGCUAUAGAUUAGCUGCAUAAUAAUAGUAAUAGAAUUAGGUGCAAUCUAUGUACCUGAAAUUGUAAAUAUCUAUUUUCAAGUAAUAAAAAGGCUUUCAGGCUUCUUCUUCCA